UCACCGUCUCACUCCCCCGUCCCCGUCUCCGUCUCCGAAGAGAAGAAAGCACCGAGUCGCCGGAGAUGGCCGACGCCGGCGAGCCUCCUGCGAGCCAGAACCAUAAGUGCUAGGACAGUGUAGGUGCGUAGACACCGUUCGGUUGUAAGCAACGCACGCGGCGGGCGUCAUUCUUGGUCUGUUGAGUGAGGACGGCGGUGGUUGGGUCUUGGGUGGAAGAGGGUGCGGUGGUUGCCGGCGGUCGAUGACGUUUCUGUUCCCGGUCAGGAGUCAGCAGGGAGGCGCGAUGGAGGGCAGGCCGCCGGCGCCGGCGAGGGUAUCGUCGAUGUUCCGGCGGCUGAUGGUGCGGGUGACCCCGGCCGAGCGCCUGGCCGCGGAAGGCAAGGAGAGGGAGAGGGAGAAGGACGAGAGGCCGCCGCCGGCCGCCGGGGCGGAGGUGGAGGUGGGGUCGGUGGGGCUGGACCGGAUGGUGCUGAGCUUCAUGGAGGACUCCGCGGCCGUGGCGGAACGGCCCCCGCGCGGGCGCUGCGCCGGCAACUGCUUCAACGGCAACCAGGACGGCAGCGACGACGAGGACUUCGACUUCCUCCCCUCCGCCUCCGCCCCCACCGCCGCGCCGGCCGCGACCGGCGACGCCUUGGAGCUCCUCAAGGGCCUGGUGCAGUGCGCGAGCACGGCGGAGCGGAACCUCCUCGCCGACGCGUCGCGGAUCGCCGAGCGCUGCGGCAAGGGCGGCGGCGGCUCCGGCCGGAAGAAGGCGGACGUCCGGCGGGCGGUGGCGGACGGUCUCCGCGCUCUCGGGUACGACGCGGCGGUGUGCGUGUCGCGGUGGGACAAGGCGCCCUCCCACCCGGCGGGGGAGCACGAGUACAUCGACGCGGUGGUGGCAGGGUCCGGGGCGGCGUCGGUCCGGCUCAUGGUGGAGGUGGACUUCCGGUCGGAGUUCGAGGUGGCGCGGCCCACCAAGGUGUACCGGGCGGCGCUGCAGGCGCUGCCGCCGCUGUUCGUGGGCACCCCCGACCGGCUCGGCCGGGUCGUGGCCCUCGUCGCCGACGCCGCGCGGCAGAGCCUCCGGAAGCGCGGCCUCCACUUCCCGCCGUGGCGAAAGCCCGAGUACAUGCGCGCCAAGUGGCUGUCCCCGCACGCCCGCGCCGGCGUCCCGGACACGCCGCCGCUGACGACAACGCUCGCCACGCCGGUGUCCGCCGCCAGCUUCUCCGGCGAGUUCGAGCUGCGGUUCGACGAGAAGCCGAAGGCGCCCGACGGCACCGCCCGCGAAGACGGGGAGGAGAAGAAGAUCACUGUGGUGGUGUCCCCGUCGCCGUCGCCGUGGCACCCGGUGGAGGCCGAGGCGAGCGCGACGAGCCCGCCGCAGGCCAAGGGGAAGGUGGUGACGGGGCUCGCCUCCGUGCUCUGAUUCUGAACCAGCACGGCGGCGGCGGUGGUGGAUCGAAUAACGCUAGCUAGCCGAUCACACCCAAGAACUCCCCAGUCCCCACCUCCACCCAAACUUUUUUUGGCGCCGAUCUUUUUUUUCCUCGCGUUUCUCGAUCCGUCCGAGGGCCGGCUCCAGGUGUUUUAGCGGUUUUCCGGCGCCUUGGAAACGAUAGAGAGAGAGAAAAAAACGCCUCCUUUUUGUCCGUUUUUUGUUCCUGCGAAGGUUUCCGUUUUCCGCCGCCGGGGUGAACGGAAGGAACCGGGGGUCGAGUUUUUGGUUCCUCGUCCCUCGUUGUUGUCGAGAGGAAGACGAAGAUGGAAGAACAAGCCUCACCGCCAUGAUCUGAAGCUGGAAGCUCUGAACUACUACUACCUGUAGUGCUGUACCAUAUCCAUCAGGUCAUGCCAGGCUUGUGAUUUCAAUUGAAGAGGUACUAGUAAAAAAAAAUUCUACUGCAGCUAUCGACUCUUUUUUUUUUCUCUUUCGAUUCUACUGUCCUACUACUGCAGUAAAAAAAAUUGAAGAGUACGUACGUACUGUACCUUGUUGCAAACA